CUCGUAAAGGAUAUUCAACCCGGAGUUGCACCCGAGGCGAGUUCGCUGCCGGAACCCGAUGGUUCGGAAUAAAUAUACCCUCACAGCGGCUGGCAAAUCGCCGAGUAAAAGAUCGCGCACCAGCAGCAUCAGCAAACAGCACGACCACGCCUGCGGCGAAGACGGCGAGACCGGCACUCUGGACGGCAACGGCGGUAGCGGCGGCAGCGGCACGGCGGUGGGCGAAGCCAACGAUAACGGCGGAACCAAGCGAUGUGAUGCCGGCUCGGUUCACAAGCAGAAUCUUUAUAUCAUUUCGUUUCCAGUCAUUUUUGUGUUUAACGUUUUGCGCUCGCUGCUGUAUCAGCUGUUUGUGAUCUUUCGCUACGUGUACAACUUCACCACGAAGGUAGUGUACAAGCCGGUGCGCAAGGAGUGCGGGCUCGAAGUCGUUAUCAAUACCGACGGCAGCCACCACCAUCGCCACCACCACCAUCACCAUAGCAACCACCCGCAGCAACAGCAGCAGUACAGCUUACUGCAGCAGCAGCAGCAUCAGCAGCACCAACCAGGCCCACCAUCUCAGCAACCACAGCAAGAAGAUCCUCAACAGCAGCAGCACGCGCAUCCCUUGCAGUGUUCGCACAGUGGAGUGCUGGUGAGUGGCGAGGGCCGCGAAAUGUCCAUCCAGCGGUCGUCCAGCGGUAGCCAGGUGGGUCCCGGCGAUCCGCUGCUGGCCAAACAGAAGCACCAUCAUCGGCGCGCCUUCGAGUACAUCUCGAAAGCGCUCAAAAUCGACGAAGAUAACGAAGAUCAGAAAGAGAUCGCCAUCGAGCUGUACCGGAAGGGCAUCCUGGAGCUGGAGCGUGGCAUCGCCGUCGAAUGCUGGGGUGGCCGGGGCGAGGUAUGGGAGCGCGCCCAACGGUUGCACGAUAAAAUGCAGACCAACCUGUCGAUGGCACGUGACCGGCUGCACUUCCUCGCAUCCGGCCGGAAAUUAACCGUUGGCUACAAGCGCCCCGGCAACCUGGGGGUGAUGAACAAAUCGCAAACCCUGCCCCGAAGCAUGGGCGGUAGCCGGACAACCCCCACCGGUGGGUCGGUCGGCAUUGUCGGUGGCCUAGUGACGAACGGCAGUGGAGCGUACGGAGUAGGGACCGCGACGACCAGCGGUGGCAUGCCAAAAAUUGUGCCAAAACCGGCCGCAACACCACCCGCCAUUCGGCGCCAGUUUUCGAUUCCUGGUAGCUCACCGAUACGGAAAGCGGGCAGUAACGGCCAGAAAGGCGGCCCGGCACCGGUACGCUCGAAAACACCGCUCGGUGGCAACCAGCAGCCACAAGCGGCGCAGACACCGCAGCCGACGAUCUCGGUAAAGGGCGUAGAACCGAAGCUGGUGCAGAUCAUCAUGGACGAGAUCGUUGAGGGCGGGGCCAAGGUGAACUGGCAGGACAUUGCCGGCCAGGAGGUCGCCAAGCAAGCGCUUCAGGAGAUGGUCAUACUGCCGUCGGUGCGACCCGAACUGUUCACCGGUCUGCGGACGCCCGCCAAGGGGUUGCUCCUGUUCGGUCCGCCCGGCAACGGGAAAACGCUGCUCGCGCGGGCCGUCGCCACCGAGUGUUCGGCCACCUUCUUCAGCAUAUCGGCCGCCACGCUGACGAGCAAGUACGUCGGGGAGGGCGAAAAGUUGGUGCGGGCCCUGUUUGCGGUGGCCCGUGAACUCCAACCGUCGAUCAUCUUCAUCGACGAGGUCGACUCGGUCCUGUCGGAGCGCAGCAGCAACGAGCACGAGGCCACGCGUCGCCUCAAGACCGAAUUUCUGGUACAGUUCGACGGGCUACCGGCCAGCUCCGAGUCAGACCGGAUUGUCGUGAUGGCGGCCACCAAUCGGCCCCAGGAGCUCGAUGAGGCCGCGCUAAGGCGCUUCCCGAAGCGGGUCUACGUCACACUGCCCGACUGCGAUACGCGCGAACUGCUGCUGCGCCGGUUGCUCCAGAAACAGGGCAGUCCGCUGAGCAACGCCGACCUGAAGCGGCUCGCACAACUCACCGAGGGUUACUCCGGCUCCGAUCUGACGGCUUUGGCACGCGAUGCCGCACUGGAACCGAUCAGAGAGCUGAACGUAGAGGAGGUGAAAAACAUGGACCCGACCAAGCUGCGCAGCAUCCGGGAGAGUGACUUCCACAACUCGCUCAAGCGCAUCCGGCGCUCGGUAGCACCGCACAGUUUGGCAGCGUACGAGAAGUGGCUGCAGGACUUUGGGGACGUUACGCUGUAAUCAUCAUUGGUGGUUGGCCGGAAGUGAUAAUCUCCGUAGUCGUAGCUGAGGUCGACGCACAACAAUCAUCAUUACUCCUUCGCUUUCGCGACUGGCCCCUCGGGCCGGGUCCCGUCGACUCCAAUCGGGUGGAUCGCACGCCGUUCUAUUUAUGUUGAUCGUUGAAUUUUCGCUUUCAUGUGCUGAAGAGACGUGCGCCCCCCGUCGGGGGGACCUAUGUGUGCCCAAUCCGUUGCCCUUGCCUCGCAGGACGAGUUUCAGAAGAGACGCGACCGUACGCCGUCUAGCGCUGUCCACAAUUUAUACCUCAACGACACAAACGGGCGAGCGGUAGCGGAUCGGAACGCUCCUUUCUCCUCCUUAUGUUGACGUAAGAAGCGAUAAACGCACGAU